AUGCGUUCGUUCACUGCAGCUGCCCUUCUGGCCACCUUUGGGCUCUUCGCCGGAUCUUCGGCACUGGAGCACUACAUCUGCACCAAGAGUUUGCCGAACGCGCUGAUCGAGUGCGCCGAGUACUUUGAGAUUUCCGAGUGCCGGCUGUCGCAGUACGUCGAAGAUUCGUACCCGAACUGUCCGGACGUCAAGCGGUUGAUCCGGUGCGCCCUGCUGAACGUUGGGGCAUGGGAGGAUGCCAGCGGAGUCCGGGAGAACGUGAUCAGUAACUUCUUCGAACCGGCUACGGAAGACACGUGCUACGUGAACCGCACCAGGGAUUGCAUCGCCGAAACUCUGAAACAUCUGGACAGUAAGGACUACCUUGGCCGUGCUUACGAAUCGUUCCUGUGCUAUUACCGGCAGUACGGAAACGUGAUCGAGUCCGAGCAGUUCUUCCCGAACGAACCACUGGAGGCGAAGCAGCUGCUGCUGUCGGCCAUCAACUUUGCCCACAUCCCCCGGUGCGAGCUGGUCCAGUACAGUCGGGGACACAUCGUGGACGAGCCGCACUUCCCGGCGCUGUGGUUCGUUUGGGCACUCCGAGGUGGAUACUACACGAUCGCCGAGGGAACCGACUUGCAGGCGUUGUACAACCAGUUUGGCUGCUCGGAACUGCUGAGUCAGUGCACGAAGUCCUGCGUUGAAGGGGUUCAGCAAGAGUUGGCCCACGCGGACGAUAAGACCAAGUCGUACCAGACGUUCCGCCGUUGCCUCAAGGAUCUGGUUCCGUUGGAUUCGAUUCAGAAGAUUGCACUGGAAUUGGUUGGAGGAAGCCAUCCGGCUCCUCCGCCCUGUGGAUGUGGUCUAGUGUGCCGAGGUGCGUGUGGAGCAACCCAUACAAGUUAUUACAACAACAACUAA